AUGACGCAACACAGCAUCGCUCGCGUCUACGGCAUUAUGCAAGAGUUGCAGCAAAUGCGCGAGAAAACUUGCAAGCUAUCGGCAAAGAAUUCUGAGCUAGCAAAAGCGCUGACUACGACCAAACAGGAGCUUACAAAAGCUCGGGAAGCACAGAGUGCUGUGUUUACGAAUAAAGUUCUGGAGUGGAUGGAGGCACGACACAGACCUGUGGAAGUGCAACAUCAAGCUAUUCAAUGCAGUUUCGAGGAAUAUGAUCGAAUACACCUUCACACGUAUGCAUCCAAAAUGAACGCGCAGCUUGAGCGGGACCCACCACUACCGCCCUGUCAUAGUAGCGGUCAAAUGCAGAACCUUUGUGUGCGUUCGUCUUCUGCUGUCAAAUCUAUGAUGCUUCAGACUGAAGACGGUAAAAACGUGGCGGGAAGCGAGACGAAGGACAACGGCAAGCAACUUCGACGCACCCUUUCGUCGUCUCCUGGUGACUUGAUGCAAACAAAUACGCAGGCUGGUGUAGUGAAGCGAUUGCGCCAGCGGGAUGCUAGUGUGUCGUACGUCGAGCCUAAGUUGAAUACGAAACUACGGCGGGGUGAUUAUUAUGGCUUAGGCAAGCGGACAAACCAAACAAAACACACUCGACGUAUAGCGAAACGCCGCGUGGUGUCCGGGUUACGCCGUACAAAUGCGGGCUUCGGCCAGCAAUUUAGCCCCUUUCGUAGCCGUACAACCGGGAGAUCCGUUCAGCGUAUCUCGUAUGCAGAGCCUAAGCUCAACACUAAGCUUCGCCAGGGCGACAAGUUUACUUUUACAACGUGA